UAUUCUCCGUUGGCUUUACUCUUCUAUUUUCAACUUUGAUCACUCGGCUGCCGAACAAACAAAACAAUUUAAGCCAUAGAAUUUAAAAAUAAUUAAAGAGAAAUACUUUUCUCUUUGGUUCUUUUUGAAUGGACACAUCGACUGCCGAGUUCAAGUGAUCAUGUCGAGGAUCGUGAUGCUGAUGGGGAUGAUUCUCCACGUGCUCUGCGUUAGAGACGAAAUCGAGGUUGGCGAUGGCCGUAAGUUUGGCUAUGGCUUCACUUAUGUCCGCGGUGGAUCCGGUGGAUUGUGGGCUCGAGGGCGAAACGCUAGUGACGCCAUUUCAGCACUCCAUUGGCAGGCGGAUAGUCCAACCGGUGGCGACGAGGCAGACGACGAAGAUGAAAACGACCAAGACGACGUAGUCAUCCGAGCGUGGGACGAUGGCGGAUUGAACCGACUUCCAUUCCAGCCGUACACACCGGAAAGGAAAUCCUUUAAGAAUCCGCGCAACGUCCCGUCGGAUUCUUGCCCUCGCGACGAAGACCUCGCCCAGGCUCAGGGUCGGACGUGUUUAAGGAAAUGCCUAGCUGAUGAGGAUUGUCGCAGCCCACGUAAGAAAUGUUUAUGCGACGGCAUUUGCGGAUUGUCUUGCAUCAAACCCGAUCGCGAAUGUCACGACGAACUGGGUAAUCCGGACAAAGGUAGCGUGAUAUUGACAGGUCGUCUGUUUGGAGAUCGCGCCAUCUACACGUGUGAAGAAGGCUACCGUUUGGUCGGAGUCGAAUUCCGGCUAUGCCAAGCCGACGGAUCAUGGUCGGCUACUGAACCCUCUUGCCACAAAACCGUUCAAACUAGCGGAUACUGCGACGAGCCUCCCGUCGUAGCGAACGCCCGUCACAACGCCCCGCAAGAGCAAAACAGCUUCGCUCCCGACACCGAGCUCCAAUAUCAAUGCUAUCUCGGUUACAACACGCUGGGAUUUGCUCGCGCUAGAUGCCUCCAGUACAAUCAGACAGUCAAAUGGUUCGGGCCCGACUUUAAAUGCGAAGCUCGAUCUUGCGGAGAGCCAACUGACAUAACCAACGGUCGGCACGAAGGUGAAUGCUACGCUUUCGGAUGUCGUGUUACCUAUUACUGUACGGCUGGCUUCGACCUGGUCGGAAGGGCUAACCGCUACUGUCAGGCUGACGGUACCUGGACGCCGGGCGAAUUACCCAUCUGUGUCCCUGUUCAAUGUCCCAUACCCAGCGACCCCGAUCUGGGAAAGGCCAUCUUUAGUUCUACCAGUUACAACUCGAUCGUGACCUAUGAAUGUCUUUAUGGUAACUCACUGGUCGGACAUCCUACAAGACGUUGCGGAGCCGAUAAGCGAUGGAUGGGUGAAGAACCUUUUUGCCGAGAAAUCAAUUGCGGUUCACCCGGACACAUCCCCAACGGAUGGAUUGAAAACCUUCAUUUGGGUACGUCGUUGGGUACUUCCAUCAUUUACCGUUGCAAUAAAAACAUGAAACGCAUCGGCGCAUCGUCUGCCACUUGCGAAAAGAGCGGCCGUUGGAGCUACAAUCCACCUCAGUGUUUGUCAUCUUGCGUGGUGCCAAUGGUGGAGCGUGGCGUUGUGCGGAAUGUAACGGCGGGAUCGAUGGUGCCCCACGGAGAAAACUUGACUCUGGAAUGUAUCGACUUGUACGAGCCGGCCCACGGCCUGGCUACUUUCACUUGCAACAACGGAACGUGGAACGUUAUCCCUCGAUGCGAACCAGCUCGGUGCAAAGCGUUACCAAAGCGACCCCGUCACGGAAUGGUGAUCGCUCCGCGGAUGGAACACGGAUCGAGAGCGCUCUACAAGUGCAAAGACGGUUUCCAGCUUAGCGGAUUCAACGUCACCGAGUGCAACUAUGGCAACUGGACCGGCUUGCCGCCCGUUUGUCAAGAGAUUUAUUGCCCGUUUCCGGGCUACAUCGCCAACGGAAAAGUCAUGUUGAUGGGCAAUAUGGGCUAUUACGACUACCGUCCCUACGUCAAGAAAGUCACCAACAAUAGGCAAAUCAUGUACGAAUGCGAUCGCGGGUACAAGCUGGACGACGACGGACCGCCCGGCGCUACUUGCGUGGCCGGCAGGUGGAGCCCCAAGCAACUGCCGCGUUGCGUUGCUGAGCAGCACUCUCGCGGACGUUGGGCUCGAUCCAUCAAGUCCGGAAGGACACCCGUCGCCAUCCGUCCUGGUGGGAAAAAGAGCUCGGGGAAGAGCACGAGACGUAAACAAGGAUCGAGACGUAACGACCCCGAUUACGACGACAAUCAACAACCUCACGAAUCGCGGGACACUUGUAUACCGAUCGCCAUUGAAUCGCACACAUCAAUUCAAGUGAUAACGCCGGGCAAAAACGCUAGUGACAUGUUCAGUACGGGAGUAGUUCUGAGUAUCACUUGCGCCGAAGGCUAUCGACUGAACGUUGGCAAUCGGACGGUCCGUUGCAAAAGAGGCGUUUGGAAACCGGAACGGCCAGCUUGUUUACUCAUUCCGUGCACGAUUCCGGAUAUCGAGAACGCGGCGUUCCAGCUAAACGACUCUACGAUUGUACCAGCCAACAGCGAGAUACCGCACAAUGAGACGGCCCUGUUUGGUUGCAAUCCGGGUUACGUAGUUCAAGGACCGGAAGUGUACCGCUGCUGGUUCGGCGAUUUCAUUAACACCCGUGGGCAAACAUCUGAAUGCGUUCCGGGACCUUGCGAACUUCCGCGCAUCACUUACGGGGACUACACAGCUGGAUAUCGAGCCGGAUUGACAGUAGCUAACGGAUCGACGGUCGAUUACAUUUGUUUCGAGCCCAACUAUGUGAAAAUCAAUGCCGGACCUAUUCAAUGUCGUCUGGGAGAACUGAUACCGGAUUUCCCAAUUUGCCGCACCCGUUCCGAUCGAUUCGGCGUCGACGAUUUCGGAAGGAUCGCUUGGCAAGAAUUUAAAGGGGGCGGCGACAUCACUGAAGGCGGCGUCAUGGUGUUGAUGGAUCGCAAUAAAAGAAACUGUUCGGAACCUCAUCGCGUUCACGGUUCACUCGUCUUUCGUGAUGGAGAACCCAAAGACGGCGAGAAAAGCAGGUUUCCCCACGGUUCGCAAGUUACUUUCCAGUGCAUUUCGGGUGCGAAUCGAGAUCGAACAACGUGGCAAAUUGUCUGUUCCGACGGUUCUUGGAACGGCCGACCAUUAAAUUGCGACGGUGAAGUCUUCGUGGAAGGACUGGGCCAGCCGUCCAACAAAUCGUGCGUCUUUCGUAACAACGAGCCCAACUUGAUGACUUUCUACGACGAUCAGCAGAUCACCGAAGACGUGGUUGAAUUCCCACCGGGCACCGAACUGAUUUCUCGCUGCGUCGAUAUCGGCAAGUUCGCCUUUACGGGAUCGGUCCGUCGCCGGUGCAGCCGAGGAGAUUGGACGGGCAUGAAACCGGCCUGUUACGGCCUCAGCCAAGAAAACGAUUACGCCCUGGAGAAGCCACCGACGAUUCUAUUUCGACAUCAAUUAGGCCCCAUCGCCCAAAGUAACGACGGCCGACUGAUCGUUUAUCCGGGCACAAUUGUUCACAUGGAAUGUCUUUGGAUCCGGCGGUUCGGCACCCCGAAAUGGGAAGUUUCACAUCAGUACAGGAAAUACCCGGAAGGUUGGACGGAAGAGGAAGGACGAGAUCGAACGUUGGAGUAUCGACUGAGCAUCUUUCACGCCCAGAAAGACGAUUCGGGGACGUUUACCUGUUCGACGCCGACGCGACAUCAGCACAGCGUCGAGAUCAUCGUUCAUCCGGUUCAUUGCCCGGCAAUCAUCGAACGGAAGGGAUUAGUGGCGUCGACUAAAAACACGAAAAUGGGCACCAAAGUUCAUUUUUCGUGUCACAACAGCAACGCUUUGAUCGGCGCUCCAGAGUUAACUUGCCUGCCUUCAGGUAGUUGGAGUUCUCCGACUCCGUUCUGCGAAAGCGUCCUCUGCCCAGACAUUACUAACAUUACGAACGAUCGAAUAUUGCGAGUGUCCAUCGUCAGUCGAGAAGUUGGCGGACGGGCUCUAUUCUCCUGUCCGCCAGGUUUUACUAUCCGAGGCGCCGGAACAGAGUCCGUCUGCCAAUCUACCGGCGAAUGGGCCCAGCCGCUACCCCGUUGCGAAGAGGUGGUUUGCGAACCGCCAACUAGUCCGGAAAAUGGAUACAUUCAAGGGGGCAGCACGUACAAGGCCGGCGAAGUGGUGCAAUUUCAUUGCCAUCGCGGUUUCAUGGUUGAAGGACAGCCAAUCGCAGUCUGUCAAGACAAUGGGAAAUGGUCGGGAACAUUCCCCAAAUGUUUGCCGGCCUGUCCGUACCCGGGCACAACGAUUGGCGCUACCAUUUCAAUGGUGAAAUUCUACUACCCGAUCGGAGAGACGGUGACGUUCGACUGUUCCGCUGGAUUGGUCCUUCAAGGCAACCCGAACCUUCACUGUCAAAAGGGCGGCAAAUGGUCAUCAGCCGUGCCCACUUGUGUUCCAGCUCAGAAUAAUUAGCGACAUCAUUUCAAAAACACGCGCCAACCUUCUCUAAUAAUCGAUCAACUAAACUACAGACACGAACUUCCAAUUCAUUCGAAAAAAAAAUCGAUGUCAAUUCACUUCUUUGUUGCUUUUGUUCCCCGCGGUACUUAAAGAACGAACGGUUCAUUUUAGUUUCUGUUCAAUUCAAUGCGGUAAUUUCGUUCUUCAAUUUCGGUGAGUCUACAGUCGAUACGAUACGUAUAUUAUACUACGCCAAAGGCAAGUAGAUGACUCGCGUUCAUUUACGUUUUUUUUGAGGCAGUCAUCGUUUUAUAACAGUUAUUUACACUACCGUCUAUGUAGAUUUGCAUAUUUACUGCUGCUUUGUGUUUUAUAAAAAUUUCGAUGUCUAUUCGCGAAAAAAGAAAUCGAAUCCCUACCCCUCCCUCCCCCAAAAAAUACGAUUGGAA